GUCUGAAAAUUAAGGUAACACAUGUAAAAUUUCCAAGGAGGCAAGGAUUAGGUUGCAAGACUUGAAAGAUACAAUCAAUCGCAGGAAGUCGCGCAUACUUUUCGUUCACAGUUCCCUAUAAAACGCUAGGGGAAAAGAAAAUCAGACUUGCAUUAUUAAUCUGUUUCAAGUUUGCUCCAUAGAUUGAAUCAAAUUCUCUGCAGUUUCUUUUUUUUUUUCUUUUUAAUUUCUUGAGCUGUGUGGAACUAAGAGAAGCUUAAUUAUUGCUUGGUAAUUCGAGUGGAAGAGUUGAAGGAAGAGAGAAUGUGGGGAUUUGGGGGGAGAUAUUAUUGGGGGAGAAAGGAAAGCGUGGAAAGAAGGAAAAAUGGAGGAGGUAUAGUUGUAGUGUUCGCUUGGAUGUCCAGUCAAGAGAAGCACUUGAAGAACUAUGUUCAACUUUACGCUUCUUUGGGUUGGGAUUCUCUGGUUUGCCAUUCAGAAUUCUUAAACAUGUUCUUCCCUGAUAAGGCUGCUGCUUUAGCUCUUCAUCUUCUUAAAGAACUUGUUCAGGAGCUAAAGAUUAGGCCAUGCCCUGUGGUCUUUGCAUCUUUUUCCGGUGGCCCUAAGGCCUGUAUGUACAAGGUUCUUCAGAUGAUCGAGGGAUUGUGUGAAGUGCAAGUAAAUCCAGAUGAUCUCCAACUGCUGAAGGAGUGCUUUUCGGGCCAUGUUUUUGAUUCUAGUCCUAUGGAUUUUACUAGUGACUUGGGUGCCCGAUUUGUUGUUCACCCAACAGUUCUGCAAAUGUCUCAUCCACCACGAAUAGCAUCAUGGAUAGCAAAUGGCAUUGCUUCUGGUCUUGAUGCUCUCUUCCUCAGCAGGUUUGAGUCCCAUCGUGCUGAGUAUUGGCAGACUCUAUACGGUUCAAUUAGGAUGGGGGCCCCGUAUCUCAUAUUAUACUCCGAAACUGAUGAUCUUGCUCCUUAUCAAAUUAUCUGCAAUUUCGCUCAAAGAUUACAACAACUUGGAGGUGAUAUAAAACUUGUGAAGUUCAAUGGUUCGCCUCAUGUAGGUCAUUAUCGGCAUUAUCCAGUUGAUUACAAGGCCGCCGUGACUGAGCUUCUUCGUAAGUCAGCUGCCUUGUAUUCCCGAAAUAUUCAACAAUUUGAGGGUGAGCGAAUUGGAUCAGCAGGGGCACAGGAUGAAUUCUCUGAGCCGAUCUCCAAUAUCAGCAAAAUAGCCUUAAGCCCAAACAAGAACUUUCAGGGAACUCCUCUAGUGCAAAGCGGUAAUUUCCUCUUGCCUAGUUCGAUAGAAUAUUACGAAGGUAGAGAUUUUGGGUCCUUGCAAGAUGAGCAAAAGGAAGGUUUAAUCCAUUUGGCUCACCCUCCAAGCGUCAAUCUCCACGGGGUUCUUGGUCAAAUCCUUUUCGACGCAUGUGUUCCGAAGAACGUUGAAGGCUGGGAUCUAAAGUCAUCAGAUUCCUCAAGCAAACACCUGUAUACUUCUCGGCGGAAUUCCCAUUUCAAUCCAAUCAAAUGCAUUCGAAGAUCCAGGCUAUAAACAUAUUCUGCUUUUCCAGCUUGAAGAAGGAAUGCUUGCGAAGUGGGGCAUAGAGCACAAUGAAACUCCUAAAAGGAUAAAAAAAAAGAAGGGGGCAAUGUGUGAUUUAUUAAAUUUCUGUUUUGUGGAACAAUAAAAGGUUAAUUCUAUGUUUUGAGCUGUUAGACCUGUGUUCUAACAUUAACUGUAUAGCGAAUUUACCAGAAAAGCUCUAACCUUUGUCUGAA